AUGGCUGGAAAAUGCCUCUUUUCCUGCUUUGUCGUGCUCAUCUGCGGCUCUCUAGCUGCUUCGGGACAACUGGCUCAACCACUUUUUGUUAACUUCGCUGGUUGUUCGGAGCCCCUCUUCUUCCCUGCUGCGUCAAUACUCACUUACCGGCAACACGUGUUAAAUGCCCUUAUUCAGGUGUUUCAACUACGCCAUCCCGAUGAUGAUAUCGGAGGGCCGCAAGUGAUGGCGGCCUGCACGCAGGCAGCCGCUCUAUUAGACACUUACCGCAGCCUCCGCUCGACCUACUUAGACUACCAUAUGCAACAUAACCCACAAGCAGGCAUGUCCGAGGACAGCGCUGCCUGGAUGACAGGGCGCUUCAACCUCAUGCUGCAGGAAGACAAGGCAGUUGCAAAUGACAAAAAUCUUCAGAAAGGGCUGAAGUGGUGUAUCGACUCAACCCUAGUCGUUCAGAAAAUUCUUUCUCAACGAGCUCUUUCAAAUGUCAACGAAAGCCCUACGUCUCCUGGCAAUGCCUUCAAUAACUUAUUGGACGCCUCGCGCACCGCUGGUGCUUCGCAUACACGCCGCAUUGCACAGUACCUCCUAGCGAGAUGCCGAGAUGAGUCAAAGGAAACGUCCGCUCAGCUUUAUGCCUGGGCAGCACUCAGCGUCGGGAUUGCUGAAGCCUUUUUCAGAGGUCAACUAACCUGCGCAAUCAACGCAAAGACCAGCUCGGCAGUGGACCUCAGUCUUGUUAAAGCUGCGUUGUCACUAAGCUGGGGCAAACUGGAAGCAGAAGAAGUCCUACAGCCCCAUGCGCUCCUCGAACAGGCUGUGAAAAGCAUUGGAAAGAGCAAGUUUCUAACGGACUCUGACAGGAAGCACAUGCAGAAAAACUGCUCUAGGAUUGAACCGACCGGCGAGACACCUAAUCCCCCGGGCCAGCCACCUCCACCCCCUCCCCCAGCACAUCGAGAAGAGCCUCCUUUAGAAGCUACGGAGGAGGUACUUUCGCACCCGCCAAUUGCACCAGUACCACCAGGACCGAGCGGUGAGAAAAAACCUCACCCGCAGGGACAGCCACCACCACCCCAUCCACCAGUACAUCGAGGAAUGCCCCCUUUAGACGCUACAGAGGUGGUGCCCAGUGAAUCAACUGCAACAGUACCACCAGGUGAGCAUGAGGAGCAAACAGCCUCACUGGAGACUGUGGAAGCACCGGCCAAUACACAAGACGAACACGCAAAUCCCCAGGGAGCUGAAGGCGAGCCUCCUCCAGUGCCGCCGCGCCCUGAAGAAAACCAGCCAGGUGCAGAAGAGACCAAUGUCACGGCCAGUGCGGCCAUCAUUCCAGUGCCCUUCCCCAAACCAGAAGACAAAGAACUGGCCAAGCCAACUCAACCUUCUCCAAACCAAGGCCAGGAGAAUCCUCAUGACGGCUCACCGACCGGGCCGCCUCCCGCGCCACCGAAAGUGCCUCACUCAGGCUCAACAAACCAAACAGAAGAUAGAACAAGAGAUAAUUCCUCCCCAGUUCCUAUUCCUUCAGAGCACUCUGACGAAGCUAGAGACGCAGAUACGAUGCCGCCGAGGGAACUGCCUCAACGUAUCAAACUUGGCUACAGAAGCGGCAGCCUGCCUACAAAGCGCCCGGAAGGUUCCAAUACGAAACCUAGACGCUCUCAAUCAGAUAACUACAAUCGCCACAGAAAAGCGGAUCCAGCAGGACAAGGGGCGCAUCUGUUCAACCAUCGGCUGUUGACGGGAGCAGGCUCAGCUACAACCAUCGAAAGAACGUGCCCGGGAGAACUCAUCGAGUCUGUAGGAGGCAAAACGAGGCUCUCAGAAGCUGUAAUGGCAGUUAUCGGCUCACUUCAGUUGUUCUUUGUUACAAGGAUAAUUCCACCAUUAUCCCUGUGCUUGCCUGUCCCGCUGAAGUCAGUUCACAGUGCGAAUGUGGAAUGCACCGGGCUGCGAGCAGAGCUUCGUGCUUCCGGCUGUACGGGAUGA